GAUCCUUCUUGUCAAUGAAGUUAGGUUUCUUUAAUUCUCCAUGUCAAUAAAGUUAGACUUCUCUGCAUCGGUUGAGUUCGUGAACUUUUCUUACAAAAUUUAAAUGUCAAUAUAGAAGGAAAUAAGAAUUCCUUACAAGAAAUGCUUACGUAAUAGAUGGUUCUGAUUUAAAGACUGAGCAUUCGAAAAAAUGUCGAAUUAUCAAGUCAGAUAUUUACACAUACGGAGGUAGUAUUCGAGAGGUUAGGAAUGUGAAUAUAAACGUAUUUACAAAUGAAUUCUGUGACGCUUCUACCACUAAAACUUUCGUCGAAGAAUUUAUUCAUGAUGAUCAGGAAAAAAUUGCACAUGAAAUUGAAUAUCCCGACGUUGCUGAUCAUACUGUUGAUUGUCUUCUUAUGUAUACGUUAUUUGCCUUCCACAAAGUGUUCCCUUAAGGAGCAAGAAGUAAGGAACAAGACGAAAUUUAGACUCAUAGUACUCAUACUGUCUAGUCCUGAUAACUUAGAACGAAGGGCAACAAUCAGGAAAACAUGGCUGGCUCAGAAGCAAGCCACGGUCAAGCAUUUCUUUGUAAUAGGAACCUUAGGUAUAUUGUCAGAGCAAAGAGAAACUCUGCAUUCUGAACAGCAGAAAUUUGAUGAUUUAUUAUUAUUAUCAAAACUACCAGAUUCUUAUGGGACUCUAACGAAGAAAGUUUUAUACGCAUUCAAGGAAAUAUAUGAAUACUAUGAAUUUGACUUUGUGAUGAAAUGCGAUGAUGAUACAUUUGCCCUGGUACAUAAGAUUUUAAAAGAGCUAGAUAAGUGGGACAGCAAAGGAACAAAAAAGGAACUAUAUUGGGGAUUUUUUAAUGGAAAGGCACAUGUCAAAAGAAGUGGACCAUGGAAAGAGGCAGAUUGGAUAUUAUGUGAUUAUUAUCUUCCUUAUGCACUUGGAGGAGGAUAUAUUUUAUCUUAUAAUUUAGUAAAAUUUAUUGCUAUAAAUGCAGAUAUUUUGAAAUUGUACAAAGCAGAAGAUGUGUCUGUUGGUGUUUGGACAGCACCUUUGGGAAAUAUUGAAAGAAAACACGACAUACGUUUUGACACAGAAUACAGAUCGCGUGGAUGUUCUAAUCAGUAUAUAGUUACACAUAAACAGACCAUUGAAAACAUGAAAAAUAUGCAUGAAUAUUAUCAAGCAUCUGGAAUAUUAUGUAUGAAAGAAAUAAGAAAUCACAUGGGCUACCAAUAUAAUUGGACAGUUCCACCUAGUCAAUGCUGCAAUUUACAAUCAGGCAUUCCAUAGCAAUCAAAUCUCUUCUUUUCAUACAUCUGAUAUUCUAGUCAUUUCUUCAUUUGAAUUAUUAUGCUAAUUUGUACUCAACCACUAAAUUUGUUAGUAAUUACUCUCAUGAAUUCUUUAUUUAUUUAUCAAACACGAUUAUAAUAAUUUAGUCUAAAUAACGAGAUGCUUCAUAGUUUUCAUAGUUAGUUAAUCAAGGAAUGAAUAACGAUAAAUGAGUUUUGUAGUUAAUCCAACGCAUGCAAAGUGGAACCAUUCUAUAGGACACUAUACCAAAAGAGAAUAUUGUUAAAAGAUUACAAAUAUUUAAAGAGAUGUUUGAGAUAAUAUACACUUACGUCUGGAUUAUCACAACCAAUCAUUUCUCCAUAAGAAACUUGAUGACACAGACAAUAAGUUGGUUCAUUAGGAUCUACUGGCAUGUCUAAAACAUCUGCUGGAUGGCCAAGUGCAGUAGAAUCUACUUGAGCACCACUUCCAACAGCUCCAGCUGACGAAGCAGAGGCAACAGAUCCUCCUGAAAUUAUGUUCAAUGAAUUAUAAUCUUUUCAUGAAUAUAGAUGAAACACAAUAUCAACUAA